UUGGUUUGCGGACCGCCAUUAUAUCGAAGAAGAAGCAGAAGAAGAAGAAGAAGAAGAAGAAGAAGAAGAAGAGUGGAUCCUCUCGCUUCGUCUCUUCCUCUAUGCUGGUAGCUACUGUACCUCUUUGGUAGUAGCUAACUAUCGGUUCUUAGCGUCAACGUUAGCAAGCUUCAUCGAAGGUCCAAGAAGUCUUCAUUCCAGGUCACAGUAAUUAGUGCUGCUAGCUACAUAAACACAACUGACUGGAAUCCACACGAGCUCCUUUGUCAGACAAUGUCUUUGGCUCGGAUGUUUUGCCGUUUAAAUGGCUAUUUGCAACCCAUAUCGAAAGCACGGGCUCCUUUGGUCUCUGGAUUCAUACGAACCCAGAUUGAAGUGAGACAUUGGCUGCAUACUGUUCCACAGUCGACGAGUUGUCACUGGCAGCUUAAGGAAGACAGCCUUGAGCUCAGCUAUGGAGGGCUUGUGAUGCACUUUGCCUAUGUGUGGCUACGGGAUCAUUGCCACUCUGCCUCCUGCUUCAACAGCAAGACCAACCAGAGGAACCUGGAUACAGCAAAUGUGGAGCUAAACAUACGUCCUGCCAACACCAGGGUGGAUGAUGAGAAUAUCUUCCUCACAUGGCCUGAUGGUCAUGUGACAAGGUACAACCUGAGCUGGCUUGCUCAGAACAGCUAUGAGGGACAGAAGCAGAGUGCCAUGCAGCCACACAUCAUCUGGAACUCUGACAUCUAUACCAGUGCCAAGGUGCCCUCUGCUAACUGGGACAAGUUUAUGAGCUGUGAUGAUGAACUGAAAAAGUUCCUUGGGCGCUUUCUGCUGUACGGCAUUGCUUUUGUGGAGGGCGUCCCGCCGACUGUUGAGGCCACAGAGACUCUUACCCAGAGGGUCAGCCUCAUCAGGGAGACUAUGUAUGGGAAGAUGUGGAACUUCACAUCCGAUUUCUCCCGAGGAGACACUGCCUACACCAAACUGGCACUGGACCGUCAUACAGACACCUCAUACUUCCAGGAGCCAUGUGGGAUCCAAGUGUUCCAUUGCCUUAGGCAUGAGGGAACAGGAGGAAGAACACUACUUGUAGAUGGAUUCUAUUCUGCUGACAAAGUGCUCCAGAAGACACCUGAGAACUUUGAGCUGCUAGCACAGGUUCCUAUCAAGCACGAGUACAUUGAAAAUGUCAGCGACCACCAUAACCACAUGAUCGGCAUUGGCCCUGUGCUCAACGUGUAUCCCUGGAACAAUGAGGUGUACAUGAUCCGAUACAAUAACUACGACCGUGCAAUCAUAAACACAAUCCCCCAUGACAUUGUCAAGCGAUGGUAUGUGGCUCACAGAGAGUUGACCACCGAGCUGAGGAAGCCGGAGAAUGAAUUGUGGAUCAAACUGAAGCCUGGAAAGGUUUUCUUCAUUGAUAACUGGCGUGUCCUGCAUGGCCGGGAGUCCUUCACAGGGCUGCGGCAACUGUGUGGCUGCUACCUGACCAGAGACGACUUCCUGAACACUGCCCGCUCCUUGGGUCUGCACGCCUAAGUGAAGAGCCACCCUGAGUCUUCAACCAUUCCAGCCAACACCAAAGUCCUUUAGAAAUAAAACACCAUCCCCCAAUCAGUCAUACAUGUUUAAGGAGAUUGAAAAGUCUUGUAGAAUCAAAUUGUUCUUGUAUGAGCAUUAACUGAGUGAAAUCAAGUAUUUCCACUGCAUUCAUGCAUGUUAUAUAUUGUUAAUGCGGAACUAAAUUGUACUGUACUUUAGAAAUAUGCUCCACCCAGAAAUAUUUUACAUGAGAUAUUGUUAGACUUGUUGAAGUCAAGAAAAUGGACUGUGAUCUGUUUGGGAUUUAAGAUUUGUUGACAUGCAUUAUGCUCUUGUCACAACAAUCAUCUUUUGAACUGGAACUUAACAUAUUGAGGUGUUUAACUACAUUUUUGGCUUUGUUUUAUAGGGAUUAGUUUCUAGUAUUUCUGAAGUACUUUUGCUAGUCAUUUGUUUAUGAAUGUAUUAGGAAAUGUUGCCUUGUUUACUUAAUGAAAUAAAUUGGGUGAUUUUUCAGCA